GAGGAGGGUUGUUAAUGCAUGUAAUCGUAACCGAAAUAAUCAGCUGUGCUGAGAAGGGCUGCGUGAACGCUCUCCGGUCAAGUGCAUGCGUCAGAUUUUGUGGUCAACUACUAGCCCAUCUUGAAAAUGUCGAGUGGUCAGUUAUUUUGAACUCCGGAUGUCUCGAUUUUUUGCAGAAAACCCAGAUUAGGCCUAGCGGUGCGUGGGCCAUGCCGGCUUUCCAAAAAAGGGUGUUCACGACACGAACGAUUCUUUGAUCAAGGCUUCCUUCGCCUACUCCCGUGUUUGUGAUUCUUAUGUUCCUUUUUUUAUUUUUUGUUCUGUCACUUUUGAUUUCAGUGGCCUAAAGAGACUCCCAUUCAGUAAGUGGGAUUGACUCCCGACCACCUGUACACGUAGACGGAAGUCGAAUUCUUUGCUCGCGGUCUCCAGGCGCAGUGAUUGCCGCUUGACAAGAACUCAUUCUAUCCGUUCGAUCGGAAAGUUAACUGUUUGAAAACCGAAUUCUUUUUUCGAAGCCGAUUCCUUAUUGGCUUCUUCAUGGAGCUAAUAAUGGAGAAUCAUCAUACGAAUGGGACUAAUGGAGAGCAAGAUCCCAGUCUCAUACAGUAUGAAUCGAGUUUAUACAAAUUUAAAGACGAACGAGACGCGAUUCAGAAGAAAACCUUCACCAAAUGGGUCAACAAGCACCUCAAGAAGGCCGGCAAGGAGCUGUACGACCUAUUUGAUGACCUCAGGGAUGGUCACAACCUCAUAUCGUUGCUGGAGGUGCUCUCCAACGAAAUACUCCCCCGGGAGAAGGGUAGUAUGCGCUUCCACAUGCUGCAGAACGUGCAGAUCGCCCUCAACUUUCUCAGGUUCCGAAAAAUUAAGCUGGUCAACAUCAGGGCAGAAGACAUUGUGGAUGGAAAUCCUAAACUUACCUUAGGCCUUAUCUGGACAAUAAUUCUCCACUUCCAGAUUUCGGAUAUCAUCACCCAUCAGACAGAUGAACGAAUCACAGCCAAGGAGGCACUCUUGCGGUGGGCUCAGAGGACGACGGACAAGUAUCCGGGUGUUCGAGUCGGUGAUUUCACCAGCAGUUGGAGGGAUGGCCUCGCAUUUAAUGCUAUUAUACACAGAAAUAGACCCGAUCUGAUAGAUUAUAGAUCUUGCCUGAAACGAACUGCCCGAGACAAUCUAGACAGUGCGUUUACUAUUGCUGAGAGAGAGCUUAAUGUCACAAAACUUUUGGACCCAGAAGAUGUUGAUACUCCUGAACCUGAUGAAAAAUCUCUCAUCACAUAUAUCUCCUCUUUGUAUGAUGUUUUCCCAAGACCGCCAUCUCACAAUCCAUUUGCUGCCGAAGAUGAUAAAACACGUAAGGUGGAAGAAUAUAAAGACAUAUCAAGUUCCCUGUUCUUGUGGAUGAGAGAAGCUCUCUCCUCUCUGCAAGAUAGGAAUUUCCCAAAUACUUUAGUAGAAAUGAAGUCUCUGUUAGCUGAUUGUACUCGUUUUCGCGUAGAAGACAUCCCACCAAGAUUGCAUGAAAAACAAAGAUUAAAUCAUCUCUAUAGAGAAAUUCAAAAAAUGUACAGAGAUACCAGUGUUCUUGAUAUCAGUGAUGAGCUUCGUGUUGAAUCCAUUGAGAGAAUGUGGAACAAAGUUUUAGCUGCACAUCAGGAGCGAGAUCGUGCUAUUCAUGAUGAAAUUGCCAGGCUUGAAAAGCUGCAGAGACUGGCAGAGAAAGUACAUCGCGAAACAAAGCAGUGUGAUGGAAAAAUGGAUGAUAUUGAAAGACAUAUUAAUGAGGAAGAGAAGCGAGUGCAACGUCUCCAUCCAAAUGAUGCCAAAUACAACUGUGAUCAAAUAGAAAUUGAACUGAAACAUGUAGAAGAUAGUUUGAAGUCAAUGGCAAAAGAUGUUCAAACUCUCAGAGAUGGACAUUAUCAUCAAGCACAGGAGCUUCACAAACGAGUACAACAAUUACAUGAAAGAUUCCUUAACUUGCGAAUGAUUUUCCAGACUAGAUUAUUGAAUGUUCUUGCUACUAGAUCCUUGAAAAGUGAAGAGAAGAAAGUAUCAAAACCCAGGCCUCUUUCACUUGAAAAACUUAUUGAAACUAACAAACACUUCAAAUUCCUACAAGAAUGCAUUGAUUGGGUUCAUAAUAAAUUGAAAUACCUAGAAGAAGCUGAUUAUGGCACAGAUCUACCUAGUGUUCAAGCUUUGAUAGAGCAGCAUCAUACUGAACAUCGCCUUAUAGAUCAGUUCCAAAAAAAUGUUGACCAAUGUUCCUCUCAAAAAGUACACUUCAGAGGAGAAGAAUUGGAACUUUAUUGCAAAUUAUUAUCAAAACUUGAAAAAGGAUAUUCUGAAGUUCUGGUUCUGUCUACUAAACGUGUUGGUGAUUUAGAUACUUUAUUAGACUUCAUUCAGUCUGCCACUAGUGAGCUCAUCUGGAUGAAUGAAAAAGAAGAAAUUGAAGUAUCACGUGACUGGAGUUCAAAGACCUUAAACAUUUCUGAAAUUGAAGAAUAUCAAAGAGCUUUAACAAUUGAGCUGGAAAAGCGUGAAGUGCACUUUAAUGCCGUCCAAGAUCGAGGAGAAAGCCUUGUCCUGCAGAAGCAUCCUGCUUCCAAAUGCAUUGAGGCUUAUCUAGCAGCUAUGCAAACACAAUGGUCUUGGCUUUUACAAUUGAUGUCGUGCCUUGAUGAACAUUUAAAAUAUGCCUUUGUCUAUCAUCAAUUUUUUAAUGAAGCUAAAGAGUGCCAGACAUGGUUAAAACAAAUAGAAAAUCGUCUGUCAACAACUUAUAGUCGUCAAAAUUUUUCUAUUGAUGAAGGAGAAAGACUGAUGAGGGAAAUGCAGGAUCUCCGAGAUGAAUUGAGUCAUUACAGUAAUGUUGUUUCAUCAUUAAUUGAGAGAAGUAAAGAUGUUGUACCAUUGAAACAACGAAGACAGCCUUUGCCUCGUCCUCUGCGUGUGACUGCUGUGUGUUCCUUUAAACAGCAGUCUAUGUCUGUAAGCAAAGAUGAACAAUGUUGGCUUCAUGACAAUUCUAAUAAGAAUAAGUGGAAGAUCAUUAACUCCCAUGGCGUUGAAGGAAUGGUGCCUAGUGUUUGCUUUGUUAUUCCACCUCCAAAUCCUGAAGCACUGGAACUUGCUGAGAGUUUGAAAAAGCAGUUUGAAGCUGUUGUAACUUUGUGGACUUCCAAACAACGGAAGCUGCGUCAAAAUAUGAUUUUUGCCACUAUAAAAAUAAUCAAAUCAUGGGAUAUAACCAAGUUUCGAAGCAUUGAACCUGUUCAGCGUGAAAGUAUCAUCAAAGCUCUCAACGAAGAUACACAAAAGCUUCUCAAUGAAGGUUCCAGUGAUGAUCCAGCUUUAAAACGAUUGCAAGAUGAAAUUGCAUACUGUAACAAACUGUUUGCGGACUUGCAGCGAAUGCUUGAUCAAGAUGAAGUUGAUAAAGUGAACAAGAGCCAAGCCCGCAAGUUCAAUGAUCUGGUGGCAUCUGUUCAAAGUAUUCUGACAGAGAAAGAAAGAACUCUAAAACAGAGAACACAGGCUCCUAUCCCUCGAAGCAAAGAGAUAGUGAAUCGUCUCAUGCAGGAACAAUCGGAUUUUGAAGCCGAUUUGCGUGAUAUUGAACCUCGAGUGAAUGAAGUUCGCGAUUCAUUCAGAGAAUUAGCUUCUAAAACUGCUGCCUUACAGUCACGUCAUGAUACCAUGAUGGAAUCUUGGAAUAAUUUAUGGUCAACAUCUAGUUUAUAUGUUGAACGAUUAAAAGCUGUAGAGAUUGCUUUGGAGCACUAUGAUGAGGCUACACAGGUAGUUUCAAAUGUAGAAUUGCAGUUAGUUUCCUAUGACGAUAUGCCUUCAGAUGUUGAAAGCAGUACUAGAGUGGAGGAAAAUUUGAGAUCUCUAAGAAGAGAAAUGCAUCACAAGCAACUGAUUUUUGAACAAGUGACCCAGAGUGUCUCUACUGUUCGUCACUGUGUUGAAUUGACUCGCCCUCAUCAAAGUGUCCACACAGAUGUUAGCAAAUUGGAAGAAGAUGUGAAAAAGGUUAGACGACGAUGGGAUCUUGCUGGAACUCAAGUCAAUGACAGAUUGAAAGCAUUAGAAACAUCUCUAGAAUUACUUCAGAACUAUCAAGGAAAAUACAAUGAACAAAAGGUGUUUGUCAGUCAGAUGAGUGCCAAAGUAGAAUCUAUGAAAUCUGUCAGCAGAAUGGAUUCUCAUGAGAUGCACCAUGAAAUUGAAUCUUCUAUGAGCACCUAUCAUACUUUAAGUCAGAGGAAAGCUGCCAUUGAAGAUGUUAAUGUUGAUGGUGGACGUUUUAUACGAGAAGCUAAGAUGUAUGACCGUCAACUGAAGCUGUAUCAAGAAGGACUUGAUGAUAACCCUGCUGCUUCUGAGGCUAAGAGGCCCAAAAUAGUAUCGGGUGCUGAAAUUGUCAGUCAGGAUCUUGAUCAUUUAAAUCAACAAUACACAGAUUUGGUGAAUACAUUGUUACAAAGAGUGAAUGAGUUGAAAAGUUUAGUUUCUAGUCAAGAGGGCCAAAAGUUUUCUGUUACCAUCAUUCAAGCUGCACCAAUCAUUCUGAAGACAUAUCGCACCGAACUCAUCUGGGAGCAAGUUCCUUUCCCUUUAAAUCACACAUCAACAUAUUCUAACCAUUGUGCCCCCACUGAUUGUCUACUACUUAACACUUCUCAUGAAAACAUAUUCCAAACAACGUUUCUUUCUAAACCUUCCUUCCAAAGCACUUCCUCGACUGGAAUUUCAAAAACCACCUCAAAAAACAAAGCUCAUUCUAACAUUAUUGAUGUAAAUAUUGAUAAUCAGAAUCUUUCCUCAGAAAAAAAUCCUCUGACUCAGUUGUCAGGAACUACAUUAUCAUUCACAGAAAUUAAGAGUAGUUGUAGAUCUAGUUUUUCAAAUCCUUCUGGCAGUACAAUAUUUAACAUGCCUUCAAUUUUUGAGCCAUCCAACCAAAAACUUGUGAGCUUUUCUGAGGCAAUUGAUCAAAAUCUCAUUAACAUUAGCACAAUGAAAUAUUUUCAUUGUUCUACCAAAAAGGAAUAUUCAUUUGAAGAGGCUGUUUCUAAUUCUUUAAUUGACAAGCAAUUUUAUAGCAGUAUUAUUGAGUAUUAUGGUAUUUAUGAUCCAAAGAACGAUGCAGAACUGACGCUCUUGGAAGCAAUCCAAAGAAAUCUAUUUAAUUCCAAUAGUGGGAGCUUUUGUAAUCCAAAAGACAAUGCUGAUAUAUCCACUGAACAGGCUGUUGAGUUUGGAAUCACAAAAAAAGAGAGUAUUAUUUGUUUAAUUAAAAAAAAUAUUUUAAAUUGUGUUCAGUACACAAUACCCGAAGCAGUUAUUAAAGGUUAUUUGGAUCCUGAUUCGGGGUUUUUUACUAGUCUUCAGACUAAAACUGUUUUGACAAUUCCAGACGCUUAUCUUUUUGGAUAUUUAUCUACAGCUCCUCCAAUAAUAGAAGACUCUUAUUCUGUUGUUGAAGCUUUAAAUGCUGGACUAAUUAGAGAGCGGGAAGGAAAAGUAAUUGAUCCAGAUUCAGGUAAGCUGUAUUCUAUCACUGAAUCUUUAGAGCAUGGCAUCUUGUCAAAACGUCUUAGAGAAAUAGUUGAUCCAAGCAUUGGCAAUAUUGUUUCUUUGCCUGAAGCUAUUGAUUACAAGUUGAUAGAUGCAACAACAGGUUUCUAUGUACAUCCUAGCAGUGGUAAAGAGCUUUCUUUAAGAGAAGCCUUUCAAUGUAAUCUUAUCAUGCCAUCUCUGACUUUAAAACAUGCAUAUGAAAAUGGUCUAAUUGAAGAUGAUGGAAAAAUUGUCAAUUUGUUGAAUUCUUCAAAAGUGUCUCUUAUCAGAGCUGCAGUUAUAGGAAUAAUUAGCCUUGAUGUUAAGUGCAUUGUAUGCCCUGAAGAAGACAAAGUAUUAACUUUAGCAGAAGCCUUGACAUCUGGCAUCAUUUCCCCAGACUGUAAAUUCAUUGAUUACAGUUCUGGAGAAAAACUGACUAUCGCUCAAGCAGCUAAUCGAGGCUAUCUUGCAUCUGUUGAUAGGCGAAUGAUUUUUGAUAUUGAAGGUUUCAGGGAUUCUAAAAUAAAUGAGUAUGUAAGUUUUAAUACUGCUAUUGAGCGAUUCAUUAUUGAUAAAGAGACGGGUUAUGUGCGUGACAUGAACACCAAAUAUUUCAUAAGCAUGCAAGAUGGAAUUGAACGAAAAUUAGUUAUACAGCAAGUAUAUGAGAUGCUUACUAGACCUAUUGGUAUAUUUGAUGAUACAGGUAAUGAGUUAAAUGUAUUAGACUGUGUUGUGAAAGGAUUACUUGAUCCCUUAACUGGGAAUUUGCUUGAUCCUAUCUCUAAAAAUCCUCUGAGACUUAUGGAAGCUGUUGAAAAAAACCUUAUUACUGAGGAAGGGGCUAUAUCAUUGAAAUCACUUUUGAACAUCACUGUGACAUUAACUUCCAUCACAAAAACAACUACAAGAUAUGUUACCAUUGCCAAUCAAAGCUUUGGAUCAGAUCUCAGAAUGACAUUUGAAGAAGCUUACAAAAGAGGUCUCAUUGAUGAACACCAGGGUACUUUUCAUGACAGAAAUACAGGAAUUAUAAUGUCUGUAGAAGAAGCUAUUGCCAAAGGUUAUCUUAGCAUUUUGCCAUCCUCUUCUGAAAGUCAUAUUAAGCAAUCUGAGGUCACUGUUUUUAAAAACAAUUUAGAAUUUAGUAAAAAUUAUAGGACUGUAGAUGUACAAAAUAAUUUCCAAUCCAUGGACAUUGAUGAUGAGUACAGUAGUUGUUUGAAUCAUUGUAUAGGAUCCAGUGAUGGUGAGAAGGUCUUUAGUAGUUUAUCUGUUGAACUUACCAAUCUUGAAAAGCCAACUGGUGAUAUACCAAAAGGAUUAUUUCAUAAUGAAAUGAAUGAGGAUACAGAUUAUUAUAAUACUUUCGAAAACAAUGAUUAUGUGAGUAAUGACGUUUUCAUCCCUCGGCGCUCUUCAUUAACUGGUGCAAAUCUGAAGGAUUUAUUACAUAAAGGAAUUUUAGAUCCUAAGACUGGUUAUUUGAAAAUAGGCAAUGAAAGCAUAUCUUUGGCAGAUAGCAUAAGCAAAGGUAUACUAAAUCCAUUGUCUGCUUUUGUUGUAGAAUAUCGCUCAAAGAAGAUGAUUUCCUUAGAUCUUGCUAUUAAAGAAGGUUUGAUAUCGUCCACUGGGGAAUAUUUCACUUCCAGCCAAAAAAUAUCAUUGAAUAAUGCCUUAGAUAAAGAUUAUAUUGUGUGCAUAGAUGAAGCUGAAACAAAGCUGUCAUCAACUCAUAAUGUACAAACCAUGGACACUGAAAGCAUUGUUUUCAACAAAAUUUUCAGCAAAUCUAAACAUGAAGCUUUCGAUGUGUCAACUGAAGUAAAUGAAAACCUCGUAUUUAGAAGAACAUUAGAACACAAAAGUACUGAGUGUGACAUGUAUUCAGAAAAAAUGCAAAUAGAUGAUACUAAGAAUAAGCAUUCAGUUGAUGAAUUAAGUAUAAAUAAAGCUGUUAAUCACAAAACUAUAAUUCCUUUAGGAUCAUCUGAGUUUACUAUGAACUUUGAAUUAAAGAAGGUACCAGAAUUUUCCGACAAUCAAAUUGAUGCUGUAGAGACUUUAGGCUCUGUAGAAAGUUCUUCAGAUAUAACUGUGACAAUAAAUUCUGUGAAAACUUUAUCUGAUAGUGAAAUUAAAUUAAAUGGGCAGACUACAAACACUAUUGAAGUGGUGAAGAAACAGGAAAACAGGCCUAAUGACUUUGAAGUAACAGAAGAUACAGAAAAUGUUAAAAAGACACUCAAGGCUCAGUAUUCCAUUCCUAGAUUCGAAGUAACCAUAGGCAAAGCUCAGCUGGCAGAUCCGGCUAAAGCUGUUAUAUUGAAAAAAGUAAAAAAGAGGAAAGUAUCCCCAAAUGAUGCUGCAGAGCAAGGAAUAGUUGAUCAGAAAACAGCCAAUACUUUAAAGGAUGUUGAGAAACUUGUUGGACCUGAUGGGAAAUUGCUAUCUUUGAAAGAGGCAGUGAAACUCAGUCUAAUAAAUGGGGAUGAUGGUGUUAUUAAAAAUCCAAAAAAUAAUGAAACAUUAAACAUUAAUCAAGCUAUUGAUGGUGGUAUACUGGAUGCUGAUAGUGGACAUUUUAUUUUGCCUGUUGGUCGUUCCCUUAGCAUUCCAGAGGCUGUGAAUCAAGGACUUGUUGAGCCUGUCCAGCAGAAAAUAGUUCAUCCUGAGCAUGGAGAACAUUUGUCAAUCCAGGAGGCUAUAGUUUGUGAGAUAAUUGAUCCAAAUUCUGGAUUGAAAGAACCUUGUUCGGGUAAGAAUUUGACUUUAGAGAGUGCCAUUGAAACAGGCAUAGUAGAUGGUAUUAAUGGAGAUGUGCAAACAUGGGAUGGAAAAAUUAGCAUGUUGGAAGCAGUCAAACAGAAUAUCUUUGAAGAUAUAUCUUCAGUACAGAUUAAUCUCCCACCCCUUGCAGCAACAUUUCCAGUGGCACUUAGUCAAGGUUUUGUCAAUGUCGAGGAAAGGAGUUAUGUGCAUCCCAUAACUGGUCAAGCUACACCAAUUCUGGAAGCUAUUGAUCGAGGCCUUAUAAUGAACACUUGCGGUGAUCAGUCCGAAGAAGCUGUUCAUCUCUGGACUGCUUUAGAAAAGAAUUUGAUAGAUCCAGUGUCUUGCACAUUUUUCCACCCAAAGUUGGAACAAAUUUUUUCUGUUGGUGAAGCUGUUGACUCUGGAGUUCUUUUGAUUUCUUCAGAAGUUCCAAAUACUUGUAUACCUUAUAAAGAAGCUAUGGAAGCAUUUCCCCAUUCCAUUUAUAAACUCGAUGACAUCAUAGAUAAUGAUCUCAUAGAAAUUAAUGAUUAUUUAAUUCGUAUAAAGGAAAAUCAAUGUAUUCCAUUAUUAGAUGCGUUGACUCGUAAUAAUGUUAGUUCUGAUGCUAUUGUUAAAAUGGGAAGUAAUAAUAAGUUAAUUGUUUUAUUACGUUCUGCCAAAGAAGCUUAUAAUAGCAACCCAUUUAAUAAAAACUUAGCACUUUCCAGUGGAUAUUAUGAUGAAACUAGGGAUAAAUUUUUAGAUACCAAAGCAAGGACUACUCUCGCAUUCCACGAACUAGUAAGACAAUAUCAGCCUGAAUUUUCGCAUUGCUUAGUAAAAAAUCCAAAAACUUUGCAGUAUAUACCAUUGACUGAUGCAAUAUCACAGGGAAUCAUAGAUAAAAAUUCAGGAAAAUAUUUAAAUGUAGAAAAGGGUACUCUGAUAUCUUGUUUCAAAGCCUCCAAAGAACUGUUUCUGAUACAUAUACCUAAAGAAAAUGCAGAUGACUUUUGCACUUUUAACCUUUCUUCACUGACACUAGAAGAAGCUAUUAAAAAAAAGGUAAUCAACUUAGAUUCUCUUGAAGUACGUUCACCAUCGAAGAAUCUGAAUCUGAAUGAGGCUGUUAAUCUCCGAAUAAUUCAGAGUGCAUCUAUUUUGGUUUACUAUCCACUAAAAGAUGCUCUUGUGUCUUUUGAUGAAUCUGAAAAAACUAAUUUGAUUAACACUACAGAGGGUAUAUAUAUUCAUCCAGUAACUGGUCAAGAAUUAAGUUGGAAAGAUGCUUUUAAAAGAGGUUUUAUAGUACCAAAGCGGAAGGGAAUUUCCUUAGAAGCUAUUAUUAAACAAAAAUUAGCUAAUUCGGAGACUGGUUUGAUUCUUGAUCCUAUUACUAAAUAUGAAGACACCAUCGAACUUUCUAUGCGAAAAGGCGUUGUUAAUUCUGUUAUAAGUUUAGUUAAAGAUACUUACAACGACCAAUUUUUAACUCUUGAUGCAGCAAUGCAAAAGCGUAUUGUUGCUAAAUCAGGCAAAGUGAAAAAUACUAUCAAUAAUACUUGGCUUAGUUGGAAUGAUGCUUUGGAAGAAGGGCUGAUUAAAACAUUGGAAUUAAAAUUAUCUCUGAUACAAACGCUAAAGGAAGAAUAUUAUGAUACAGAAUUGGGACUGUUUUAUAACCCUUCGUCUGGAGAAAAUAUAACCCUAAGAAAAGCUAUUGAAGUUAAUUUCGUUGAUGUACAAUCAGCAAAGGUCAAAAACACUCUUGAUAUGCAAUAUUUAAAUUUGAUAGAAUCUGUUUCUCUUAAUGUUAUUAAUGAUAUACAGGGGAUUUACUCUUUACAUAAUCAAGGCUCAUUAAAUUUAAAAGAUGCUUGGAAGAAGGGAUUAAUUAUUAAUUGCUCACCGCCUCUUACUUUAUCAGAAGCAUUGGAGUUAAACAUGUACAAUCUAGAAUCUGGUAAAAUGGAAAUAUCUGCUGAAAUUGAAGGAUCUCUUGAAUACUUAAUAAAAGAGGGAAUUAUUGACGGAAGCGCAUAUACGAUAUUUAAUCCUCUUACUAGAGAAGUAAUGUCUCUUUCUGAAGCUAUACAAUGUGACUUAUUUAAUUGUAGUUCUGGAUUUGUUAAAAUUCCUGCUAGGGGAGAAAAAUUAAAUUUAUAUAAAGCAUAUGAUUUGGGCUUGAUUCUUCCGGUUCAAAGCACAUUGAAUCUAAAUGAAGCUACUUCCAAAGUUUUUUAUAAUUCGAAAACCGUUUCUUACUUUAGCCUAUCUACAGGCACAGAAGUUCCUCUAAAGCAAGCAAUAGAAGAGAAAAUAAUUGACACAACACACAUUAUUUACAUUGAUAGAGAGCACCAGAAAUUGUACUCUUUCAAAGACGCUUUAGGAUUGAAUUUAAUUGAUAUUACAAAUGGAACAGUUUGUGAUAAUGAAACUGGGAGUUAUGUUACUUUCCAGGAAGCAUUUGACAGAAAUCUUUUGGCUGAAAUGAAGUACUUUUCUUUAAAGGAGGCCAUUUCAACAGGAAUGUAUCGGGAAUCUAUUGGGCUUUUUCUUAACCCUUAUAGUGGUGAGUUAAUGUCACUGAAGAAUGCAAUUAGCUGUGGAUUAAUUGAUUCAGAUUCAGUGACAGUGAAAAAUAAAAGUGAAAAUAUUUCUCUGACGGAUGCUAUCUUGCAAAAUAUAGUUGAUGCAGAAAAAGGUGUUGUUUGCGAUCGUAGAGGAUUAGUCAUCCCUUUGAAUGAGGGUUUUCAGUUGGGUAUAUUUAAUGAAACUAGACCUACUUUAUCUCUUCAGAAAGUAAUCAAAGAGGGAUUGUAUAAUUGUGAGAAUGGAAGAUUUUUUCUUGGAGGCGAGUCCAGAACACUUCGCGAUUGUUUGAAAUCUUUUAUUAUUGAUGGCUCUCUUCCAUGCCUUGUGCAAGACAAUAGAUUAUUAACUUUGAAUGAAGUUGUAAGAAGAGGUAUUAUUGAUGAUUAUCAGGGGAUUUUUAGAGAUGAUACGCAAUUGGGAGGUUUAACACUUGAUAUAGCUUUACAGAAUGGUAUAUUAUUUGAUACCGAAAAACCACUUACUCUUCAUGACGCUUUAAUGUUAAACUUGUUUAACAGUAAGGGAAAAUUCAUCAAUCCAAAAAAUGGUUUGCCAAUAACUUUGAAAACAGCCCGUGAAUUAAAUCUAAUUUCAUCAACACUAUCACUAAUUAAGAAUGUGGAAGGUGCCAUUCUUUGCCUUGAUAAAGCGAUUGAAGAUGGAAUAAUUGAUGAGAUAGCUGGUACAUAUGUUUUCUCAAAUGAAGGCAUAACAUUAACUUUCAGAGAAGCAUUACAAAGAAAGUUAAUCAUCCCUUUCUGUAAACCUUUUAAUAUAGAACAGGCUUUAAACAUGAAGCUAUUCAAUGCCAAUACUGGAAAAAUUUUGGAUCCAUUUUCAAAUAAAUUUGUAACGGUAGAACAGGGGAUAAAUUCUGGUUUGCUAAAAGUUGAUAAUGCUGCAAUAUAUGAUGCUGCUUCUGAAACUCUAAAGUCAUUUGAAUUAGCCAUGAUUGAUGGUAGUCUUGACAUUGAAUCAGGUAAAAUCAGAAAUUCGGAGGGUUAUUAUGUUUUUAAUAUAGAGAAAGCUUUUGAAAAUCACUUAAUAAUGAUUACUGACCAAGGAUCUUUGCAAAAUUUAGCAUGUGCCUAUUUUAAGACUCCAGGUUCCUGUUUAAAAUUCGCUUGUACUAUGGAAGAGGCAUUAAACAAUACUCUUAUAAACCCUCAAACCUAUUUUGUUAAAGAACAUGGAGGCUCCAAAUGGGUGUCAGUAGAGCAAGCUACUAAAAAAGGCUUCAUAAACUUGCAAAAGAAAGUAAUUUUUUGCCAAAUUUCCAAACGGACAGAUUUAUUUGUUAUAAAAUACGAAGAUAAACAAAUUUGCUGUCAGAAACCUUUUUCAAUGAAGAAUGUUAUAAACAAUAAACAACUGAAUGUUCUAAGUGGUAGAUUUAUUGACCUGUCUUCAAAGGAGAUGUUUUCAUUGAAGGAAGCUAUUGAUUUAGGUUUCGUUGAUCCUGAUUCUGCUGUUAUCGAAGACACAAAGAGAAACAAAUUCUUGACAUUGUCUUCUGCCUUUGAGAACCAAAUUCUAGAUCCAGAAAAGGGUAUCAUAUUUAAUACAUCGACUAAUCAAGUGAUGACAAUUAAGGGGGCAUUGGACAGUGGUUUACUUCGUACUGCUCCAUGUACAUUCUCCCUGAUAGAAGCACUGAAAUACAUGUACGAUGAUCAAACACAUCUUUUCCAAAAUCCAUUUGAUAACACAUACAUGACAUUAGAAGACGCAUUAACUUCCAAUCUAGUAGAUCCAUCCCAGGUUUUACUAAAAGAUCCUUCUUCUGGUAACUUCUAUACCAUAAAUGAUGCUAUUCAAAAAGGUAUUUUGAAUCCCAAAACUGGAUGCCUUAUGAAUGAUUCCACAACUUUAUUGGAUGCAUACCAUCAGGCACUUCUGGUACUCUCUGAGAAACGGGUUGCUAUAGAGGAAAAAUAUAGACUCUGUUCUGAUAACACUUCAAAAUUACUUUCAUGGUUGCAUGAAAAAGAACUAGAAUUAGCUGAACUUGGGUUAGUCCGAGAGGAUGCUGAUGACCUUUACAGACAGAUAGGCAUUGCUAAGUCUAUUAAACAAGAGCUGGAAGACAACCAGAGAGCAGUGAUGUCGGCUGUUGAUCAAGCACAACAACUUAUAGAACAAGGGCAGGAAGUUCUAAGUAAAGACGAACUUCAUAGCCUGCAAAAGAAUGCAGAUAAUUUGAAGAAACGUUACAACCGAGCAAAUGAUGAAGGGGACAAAUUAUUGAGGCGUUUGAAUGCAGCUUUGGAAGAAUUAAGGAAAUUUUCGAAUGAAUUGAUCAAUUUUAUGGAGUGGCUGAAGGAUUCACACAUAAAGCAGAAUGAUAAAGAAAGGAGUAUAGUUGAUCUUGAACACUUGAAAGAAAAUGCUGAUAGUUACAAAGCAUUUUCAAGUGAUGCCAUUGCUCAUCAAGCAGAUCUUCGAUUUAUUACAAUGGCAGCACAGAAAUUUGUGGAUGAAUCUAAGGAUUACUCGAAGGUCUUAAAUGAUUUUCGAACAAGUCUGCCUCAAAGAUUGCCUCACCUGGAGCCAACUGAAAGCCAAGUUAAGGAAAAAGUACAAGAAGUCUCCACUGCUUUUCAGAAUUUGUUAAAUCGAAUUGAUCGCCUCAGUGAUAAAUUUAGCAUUCUAUACAGCAAGCAGAGGAAUUUUGCUGAGAGCCUCGAGAAAGCAACCACCUGGCUUUCUAGUGUUCAGAAAACUACAAAGAAAGUUCUCGAUGAGCCUACUGCAGCAGAUCCUCGAGCCAUCCAAGACCAACUGGAUCGAGUUAAAGCACUGAACAUUGAACUUAUUCAACAAGGCCGACUUAUUGAUAAUGCUAAGCAAAGUGCAAAUGCAUUGUUGGAUGCAUUUGAUGACUCAGACAUUAGUCUCUCAGAUAGGCGGGCUAUUGAAAGUAAAGUAAAAAGACUAGAAGAUGAAUAUAACAAUCUGUGCAAUGUUGUGAAUGGAAAGAGCAAUGAAUUGCAGAUGGCUUUGUUGCAUUCUCAAGACAUUCAGGAUGGACUUGACAGUAUUCUUAAAUGGCUGGAUGAUGCAGAAUCUAAUCUGAGGAAUCAGAGUAGGCCUGUGAGUCUAAUAAAAGAAAAACUGGAAGAACAGAUACAAACUCACAAAAUGAUGCUUUCUGACAUUGAUGGCCAAAAGUCAACUUUGGAUGCUGUAAACGAUUCUGCUCGGGAAUUGCUUAAUAGUUCUAAUCAGAGAUUAGCAAAGAAAAUUGAAUCCAAAUUAAAAGAAGUCAAUGUUAGAUUUGAAAAACUUUGUGAGAAAGCUCAGAAAAGAUCAGAUUUACUGGAAGAGGUUUGCAAAGCAUUGAGUUCUUUCUCUUCAAGUGCUAACAGAUUUGAAGAAUGGCUUGCUGCAAUGUUUGAGCUCACUCGCAAGAAGGAGUUUGAUAGCAAUAUUGGUGAAGAUAUUAUUAAUCAGAAAGAAGCUAAAAGUGACGAAUUUGAGGAAAUACUUCGUUCAGGAAAGACUCUUGUGAAUAAGCGAGAUGUAACCGACACAGCUGUGAUUAAAGAUCGCAUGAAAGCCCUAGAACAGCAGUGGAAGGAGUUGGGAGAUUUUGUAGCUGAACAAAAUCGCAGGAAUAAAGAGAAGAUGGAACAGCAAUCUGCCUAUGAAGCCCUCAGAACAAAAGUCUUGGAAUGGCUUACUUCGAUGGAGUUCAAAGUUGAUGGUCUUGAACCUGUGGCUUUAGACAAAGAAGUUCUUCGUCGGCAGUCUAUGGAGAUAAAGGCUCUUGUUAAAGAACAUUCGGACUAUGGAGCUACAAUAGACAAAGUUAAUGAUCUUGGAAACAGCUACGAUGCUGUUUUAAGAGGAGAAAAUCCCAGACACUUCUCUGGAAGUCCCACAAGAAAGUCUUCCAGUCCAACAAGAAUGUCUCCAACAAAGCAUCGACGAUCUCCUGAUUUUGGAUCUCCUUCAGGAAGAGGUAUGCAAAGUCCACUUUCAAGCAUCUCCAGCGGUUUCAGUAGCUCAAGGAAUUCAGCAGAUAAUUUAGGUGGCAUUGAAGAUUUGAGUCCAAUCCAACAACAAUUAGCUGAAAUAAAUCACAGAUACAGUCUUAUAGGCAUGAAAUUAUCUGACCGGGCUCAAGAAAUAAACUCUUUUACUGAUGAAAUCAAAAUUUACAUGGAUGCAUUGAAAACACUUUUGAGUUUUGUGCAAGGAAAAGAAAGACAAAUGCCCAAAGAUCCCCUCCCCAUGAAUAGAGAUCAGGCUACAAAACAACUUCAGGCAUUGAAGGCAAUUCAAGAUGAUAUGCUUGAAAGACAGUUGGAAGUAGAUAGAUUAAAAGCUCAAACCGAUGAUUUAGCUCGCCGUAAACCUUCUACUCCUGGCAUUGACAACCUGCAGAUGCAAAUGUCUGAUCUGAUGCAAAGAUGGAAUGAAUUGUUAUCAACAGUGAAAGAUAAAACAAAAUUCUUACAAGAUUUUAAAGACUUCCAAGAUUCUCAGGAUGCAAUGAAUAAUUGGUUGGGACAAAAGGAAAAGAUGUUUCAGGUGCUUGGGCCCAUUGCUUCUGAUCCUCGUAUGGUGAAUGCACAGAUUCAACAGGUUCAGGUUUUGAGAGAUGAGUUUACACACCAAGAACCUGUAUUGAAUAAGAGUCGAGAAUGUGGGCAUGCUAUCUUAGACCAUCUGGAUAUAAAUAGCCCUGCAGCAAAAAAAAUCCGAGAACAGUUGCAAAAUACGAAUUUACGCUGGGAUGACUUGAUGAACAAACUAACAGAUAGAGAAAAGAACCUUGAUGCUGCAAUCGGCGCAACGAAGGACUUCCAAGACAGUCUUAACAGACUGCAGGAUCGUCUGCAACACAUUUCAGAUGAAUUUGAUCAUCUUUCUGAAGCUGGAUCCGAUGCUGAAGAUCAACUUAGAAAAUUAAAUGAUUUGGAAGAGCAACUUGAAGAUCAGCGUCCACUUUUGGCUGAUGCUGAAUCUGUUUGUGAACAAUUAUGUGAUAUUCUUAGUGAUCCUGCAUCAAAAGCUGAAAUUAAAAAUAAACUGAAUGGUAUCGAAAAACAGUACAAUAAUCUCAACAGAAAAAUGAGUAAUAGAAAAGCUGAAUUAGAAUCGGCGCUCAAAGAAGACAAAGACUUUUAUCUUUCAUUUGAUCGCAUCCAACAAUGGUUGGAUGAUAUGGAAAAUCAGUUGUCCCGUGAAUUUUCCAUAUCUGCUGAUCAAGAUGUUCUCAAACGUCAAGUUCAAGAUUUUGAAGGAGUUUAUAAACAAGUUCUUAAUAAGGAGCAUGAAGUGCACAUACUAAUGAGUAAAGGAACAGAAAUGCUUUCCAAAGUAACUCGAAAAGCAGAUGCUGUCCAGCUGCAGAGUAAAAUGGAAGCUACAAAGCGUCAAUGGGAGAAAGUUCGAAAGUCAGCUAAUGAUAGGCACACUCAACUAUUGAAAUGCUCUGAAAAUUGCAAGAAAUAUCAUACCUCACUGAAUUCUUUCAAGUCCUGGUUCUGCAAAUGCGAAGACAAAGUUUAUAAUCUUCAGCCUAUCAGCUUCCAGCGGGCACAGUUAGAUAAGCAAGUGAAAGAAAUUCAGGCAAUUAAAAAUGACUUAAUCAAACACUCCCAAGAAUUUGAAAAUACUUGUACAUAUGGUGAAGUUCUAAUCUCAUGCUGUGAUACUGAUGUACAAGAUAUUAAAGAGGAUAUUACUGAUUUGAAAAAGAGAUGGGACAGACUUAACCAUGAAGUUACUCAGAGAUCACAAGCUUUGGAUGAUAUUUCUCAUAAACUGAAUGUCUACCAGGACAAAGUUCGAGAUGUCAAUCAUUCCUUACACCGUCUAGAGGACAGACUUUUGUCCCAUGAUGCUUUGGGAGAUAGCUCCAGAGAUCCUAAGUUAUUGGCAAGAAUGAAGGCAUUAUUGUCAGAAGCGGGAGAUGUGAAACGGCAACUUGACACAUUAAAAGACUAUGUGCAUGUACUAAUUUCUGAAGCUUCUCCAUCUGUUGUGACAUCACAUAUCACAGAUGAAGUGGAUGAUUUAGAAAAUCGGCAUAGACUUUUAACUCAAAAAUUGGAAGACAGGUGUAAUGAUCUAGAGUCUGCAUCUGAAAUAAUAGCUCAUUUCAAUAAUAAAAUGAAAGAAGCUCAUCUUGAUUUAAAUCAUCUAGAAGAAGAACUGGAUGACAUGUCACCAAUUGCCAGAGAUAUAGACACCUUAACAACUCAAAUUAAUCAAAUUAAGAAUUAUUUACAUAAAUUGAAACGUUCUAGAGAAGAUUUUGAGGAUGUUGAACAUCAGUGCCAAGAUAUAAUAACACAUGGAUAUACGCCUGAUCCAAAAGGAUGCAGAAAUCAGCUGGACAGCCUCCACCGUCAAUUAAUCCGCCUGGAAGAACGUGCCAAGACUAGGGAUAGCAAUUUAGAUGCUAUGUUCAAUAGACUAGAAAAAUUUUAUGAUGAUUACAACCAUAUCAAUCGUGAGUUGGAUGAAACUGUGGAUGAGGAACAUUCUUUUAAAACUGUUGGUGGGGAAGUGGAUGCUAUACGAUCACAACAAGAAGAAUUUAAGCAAUACCACAGAGAUCGUCUAGAGCCUUUAGGAAAACAAAUUGACAAUAUUAAUAAGAUUGGGCAAGGUCUCAUUCAGUCUGCCUCUGCUGGUGUCAACACAUCUAUCUUGGAACAUGAUCUUGAUACUCUCAAUGAAAAGUGGAACAGCCUAAAACAAAGGAUGAAUGAUCGUGAAAGGAAACUGGAUAUAGCUUUCCUGCAGUCUGGAAAAUUUCUGGAAGCUCUUGAGGGUCUCCAUAAAUGGUUGGAAGACACUGAAGAAAUGGUAGCCAAUCAAAAACCACCUUCAGCUGAUUACAAAGUGGUUAAAGCUCAGCUGCAAGAACAAAAGUUUUUGAACAAGCUGCUAUUAGAUCGUCAAAAUAGCAUGUCAUCUUUAAUGCAGAUGGGCAAUGAAAUAAUGAAAAAUGCUGAACCCUUAGAACGCAUGCAAAUUGAAUCUCAGAUAGCUGAUCUUAUGCAGAGGUUUGACGAAUUGUCCAAUUCUGCUCAGGAGAGGACUGAUGCUCUUGAAAGAACUAUUCCUGUAGCAAAGGACUUCCAGGACCGAAUUGUUCCAUUGGAGGAGUGGUUGGAACAAACAGAAAAGAAACUGGCUGCCAUGGCUACUAUCCCUACAGAUCAAGAAAAAAUUCGUCAGCGUAUGAUAGAACAUGAGGCAUUACAUGAAGACAUAAUGGAUCACAAAGAAGCUUUCGAAGAACUUACAGAAGUGGCUCAAACUUUGAUGGGUUUGGUAGGUGAUGAUGAAGCACAAAUGGUUGUGGAAAAAUUGCAAGAUGCUACCAAUCAUUUUGCUAAAGUGGUAGAGGACAGUGAACAUAUCGGACAACUUUUGGCUGAAGCAUUCCAAGGAUUGGGUUCCUUCAAUGUAAAUUAUGAAGAUUUGAUGGCAUGGAUUGAUGAAAUGCAGUCUCGGUUUUCACGAUUUAGGAUUCUGAGUGUUUAUGUGGAUAAGCUGCAAGAGCAACUGGAUGAACUUGUUGAACUAAGUGAGGAAAUUGCUGAUCACCAGAAGCAAGUUGAUGAUGUUACUAAUGCAGGCCAGGACAUAAUGAAACAUGCUUCAGGAGAUGAUGUGAUAAGAAUGAAAGAAAAACUGGAUACAUUGAGUAUAAAAUUUACUGAUCUCACUAGUCGAGCUGCUGAUAAGCUAAGACAAGCCCAAGAUUCCUUACCUUUAGUGCAGAACUAUCAUUCAGCUCAUGAGCGAAUAACUGCAUGGAUGGAUGUCACAGAAAGGCAAUUGAAGAACCUUGAAAAUGUUGGGCUCUCCAGUCAAGAAACAAUUAUCCAGAGGCUAGAAGGUGAAAUUCAGGAAUACAGACCUCUGGUGGAAACACUGAAUCAUCUUGGUCCACAACUGUGCCAAAUGUCACCAGGUCAAGGAGCAGCAGACAUUGAGAAUCAAGUGUCUCGCAUUAAUAGAAGGUUUGACACAAUCUGUGAACAGAUUCAAAGGAAAGCAGAAAGAAUAGAUUUAUCAAAACAAAGAAAUGUGGAGGUUCUUGGUGAUAUUGAGGAUCUUUUGGAUUGGUUUCAUGACGUUGAAAAACAACUUGUACAAGCUGAACCUCUAUCUGCAGAUCCUGAUUCCUUAGCUGUGAUGUUGAAAGAACAAAAAGUCUUAAAUGAAGAAGUUAGCAGCCAGAAAGGUCGUGUUCGAGAUAUUCUCUCUGCUGCCAAAAAACUAAUGCGAGAAUCCAGUGCUAAUGACCAGGCUGAAGUACGUGAUAAAGCUGAUGAAUUGAAGGAUGUUGCCAACAAUGUGGCUACUCUGUGUGGAGAUCGUCUUUCUUCUUUAGAACAAGCAUUACCUUUGGCUGAACAUUUCUUUGAAACACAUGCUGAUUUGUGUCAGUGGUUGGAUGAUAUAGAAACUGAAGCAGAGCUGCUUGAAACACCAGCUUUGAAUGCACACCAAAUUAAGAAGCAGCAAGAUCGAAAUAAGGCUCUAAUACAAUCUGUUAAUGAACACAAGGCAUUAGUAGAUAAACUCAAUAAAACAGGAUUUGCUCUGAAAAAACUGUGCACACCCAAAGAAGGUAUCCGAAUUCAAGACAUUAUGGAUUCAGAUAAUAGUCGUUAUAAUGCAUUGAAGGACAUAUUGAGGGAUCGACAGAAUGCGUUGGAAGAAGCAAUGCAAGCUACAUCCCAGUUUUCAGAUAAGCUUGAUGGUAUGCUGAAUUCUCUUAGUAAUACUGCUGAUCAGUUACAAAAUGCUGAGCCUGUCUCAGCUCAUCCUGAAAAAAUUGAAGAUCAAUUGAGUGAAAAUCAAGCCGUGUUGCAAGAUUUGGACAAAAGGUCAAAUGCAUUAGAAGCUGUUAAAAGAGCUGCUGAUGAUGUCAUUGUGAAAGCUGGGGAUGCCAGAGAUCCUGCUGUCAAAGAUAUCAAACAAAAACUGGACAAGCUGAACCAAUUGUGGGAUAACAUUCAGAAACUUGCCAGAAACCGAGGUCGAUCCCUGGAAGAUGCCUUGGCUGCAGCAGAGAGGUUCUGGGAUGAACUCACUCUGGUCAUGAAAGCUCUCAAAGAACUCCAAGACAGUCUGAAUGCACAAGAACCUCCUGCAGUUGAGCCAGGUGCCAUACAACAUCAACAGGAUGCUCUGGAGGAAAUCAAACAAGAAAUUGAGCAGACAAAACCUGAAGUUGAUCAAUGUCGACAAGCUGGUCAUGAGUUAAUGCAACUCUGUGGAGAACCUGACAAACCAGAAGUGAAGAAGCACAUUGAGGAUCUGGAUUCUGCUUGGGAAAAUGUAACGUCGUUGUAUGCUAAGCGUGAACAAAAUUUGAUUGAUGCCAUGGAGAAAGCCAUGAAUUUUCAUGACAUUCUUGGGAAUAUAUUGGAAUUCUUGGAGUAUGCUGAAGAGAAAUAUGCUAAUCUUGGUCCUGUUGGAUCAGAUAUUGAAGCUGUUAAAGGACAAAUUCAACAGCUGCAAGAUUUUAAGCAAGAAGUGGAUCCUCACAUGGUAGAAAUAGAAUCACUGAAUAGACAAGCUCAGGAGUUGAUGGAGAGAACUUCUCCUGCUCAAGCUAAAUCCAUCAGAGAGCCUCUUGCCCAGAUAAACAAACGAUGGGAUGACUUGCUCAAAGGCAUCGUAAGCAGACAGAGGGAACUUGAAAAUGCUCUACUGAGAUUAGGUCAAUUUCAACAUGCUCUUGAUGAAUUUAUGGUUUGGAUGUCAAAGACAGAAAAAACAUUGGAUGAUCUCACUCCUGUUUUUGGUGAUCCACAAGUCAUAGAAGUGGAGCUGGCUAAGCACAAAGUAUUGAUGAAUGAUAUUCAAGCCCAUCAGACUAGUGUGGACACUCUAAAUUCUGCUGGCAGGCAGUUGAUAGAAGCCAAUCGUGGAAGUGAAGAUGCCAGUGUCACUCAGAGUAAGCUGAAUAAAUUAAAUAAAAGGUGGCAACUUCUACAGGAUAAAGCUAUGCAUAGGCAGAAUGAGCUUGAAGAAGCUCUUCAUGAGGCACAAUUAUUCAAUCAAGAAAUUCAGGACCUUCUUAUGUGGCUGAGUGAUAUUGAUAGUCAGCUAGUGUCUUCCAAACCUGUUGGAGGUUUACCUGAAACAGCCAGGGAACAACUCAAUCGAUUUAUGGAGCUCUACAACGAUCUUGAUAAUAAUAAGCAUAAAAUCGAUUCAGUACUCCAGCAAGGUCAAGAUUAUCUAAAGCGCUCAAACGAAGGUGCAGCAACAAAUUUGCAGCAUAAUUUGAAGACUCUCAAACAGCGUUGGGACAAUGUUCUUAACAGAGCCAAUGACAGAAAGAUAAAAUUAGAAAUAGCCUUAAGGGAAGCCACAGAAUUCCAUGAAGCUCUCCAGGACUUUGUGGAAUGGCUGACAAAUGCUGAAAAGUUUUUGUCAAAUUUGAAACCUGUCAGUAGGGUCAUGGAUGUUGUGCUUGAGCAAAUUGAAGACCAUAAGGCUUUCCAAAAAGAAGUAAGUGCACAUCGAGAAGUUAUGUUGAACUUAGAUAAGAAAGGAACACAUCUGAAGUAUUUUAGCCAGAAGCAAGAUGUAAUUUUAAUUAAGAAUCUGCUUAUCAGUGUCCAGCAUCGAUGGGAAAGAGUUGUUUCCAAAGCUGCUGAAAGGACAAGAGCUUUGGAUCAUGGAUACAAGGAAGCAAAAGAAUUCCAUGAUGCUUGGUCUGAUCUCAGUCAUUGGUUAGAUGAUGCCGAGAAACAACUGGAUGUCCUCACUCAUGUGGGAAAUGAUCCUGAAAAAAUAAAACAGAUGCUUUCAAAACACAAAGAAUUCCAAAGAUCUUUGGGCUCAAAGCAACCCAUCUUUGAUGGAACAAUGAAAUUAGGCAGAAAUCUGAAAGAGAAAUGUCCCAAAGCUGAUGUGCCAGUUUUACAAGACAUGAUGGAUGAUCUGAAAAAUAAAUGGAACAAUGUUUGUGCCAAAUCAGUUGACAAGCAACGAAAACUAGAAGAAGCAUUGUUAUUUUCUGGUCAGUUUAAAGAUGCAGUACAAGCUCUUCUUGAUUGGCUAGAAAAAUCUAAAAAAAUCUUAUCCGAAAAUCAAUUGCUUCAUGGAGACUUGGAUACUGUCAUGGCUCUAGUGGAUCAGCAUAAGUCAUUCCAAGAAGAGCUUAAAAGUAGAGCCAACAAUUUGGAAUCUGUCCGGCGUACAGCGAGGGAAUUAUUAGAGACAGCUAGUGAGGAGGAUGCUGAACAUAUUCGAACUCAACUCACUCAGUUAGAUCGAAUGUGGAUUGAAGUGGCUAAUCUAGCUGAAGACAAGGAGAGACUUUUGGCUGGUGCUCUGCAAGAGGCUGAGAAAUUACACAAAUCUGUUCAUAUGCUUCUUGAAUGGCUGUCUGAUGCAGAAAUGAAGCUUCGCUAUUCUGGUCCAUUGCCUGACGAUGAAGAGACAACAAAGCAGCAGAUUGCUGAUCAUCAGAGUUUCAUGAAAGAAAUGAUGGAACAGGAGGUAAAUAAAGAUGCCACCAUAGCACAUGCACAAGAAAUCCUCAAGAAAUGCCAUCCAGAUGGUGUGUCUGUCAUAAGGCAUUGGGUCACCAUCAUUCAGUCCCGAUGGGAAGAGGUAUCCUUGUGGGCUAAGCAGAGAGAACAGCGUCUGAAUGAGCACUUGCGAUCACUAAGAGAUAUUUUGGAUCUUCUUGAAGAGUUGCUGAAAUGGCUGAUUGCAGCAGAAGCCACACUCACAGCUCUCGAGGCUGAACCUCUGCCUGAUGAGAUUCCAGUUCUCGAACAGCUUAUUGUGGAACAUCAAGCUUUUAUGGAUGACAUGACCAAACGGCAACCUGAUGUCGACCGUGUGACUAAAGCAUUCCAGUCAAAGCGCCAAUCGCCGCCACCACAACAGCAACCUCAUUCAGGCAAAGACAAAGGUCGCGAGAGGCAUGAAUCUGCUAAAUCAGGUCGUGGUACACCCUCAAUUCCUAAAACUCCAUCCCGACAAGGCUUUGAACCAGAAAUCAAAAAUCCGCGAGCUAGAGAGAUGGUGGAUAGAUGGCGCAAUGUGUGGCUUCUGGCAAUGGAAAGACAAAGAAGGCUGCAAGACAAACUCAAUUAUUUGAAAGAGCUUGAAAGGAUUAAGAACUUUGACUUUGAUGAAUGGCGUAAAAAGUUCCUUGCUUGGAUGAAUAACAAGAAAUCUCGAGUUAUGGAUCUUUUCCGUAAAAUUGACAAAGAUAACGAUGGUAAAGUGACUUAUGAAGAAUUCAUUGAUGGAAUUCUGAAAUCUAAAUUUCCUACCAGCCGACUGGAAAUGGAAAGAGUGGCAGAGAUUUUUGAUCGCAAUGGGGAUGGUUUUAUCGAUCAUAAAGAAUACAUUGACACCCUGAGACCCGACCGAGAGAAAGGACCACUUACAGAGGCUGAAAAAAUCCAAGAUGAAGUUCAAAGGCAAGUGGCACAAUGUACUUGUGCACAUCGCUUCAAAGUCUAUCAAGUCGGUGAAGGAAAAUACCGAUUUGGAGAAUCCCAGAAACUACGCUUGGUGAGGAUAUUGCGUAGUACAGUUAUGGUCAGAGUUGGCGGUGGAUGGGUAGCUCUGGAUGAAUUCCUGGUCAAAAACGAUCCUUGCCGAGCUAAAGGCCGAACAAAUCUUGAGUUGCGUGAGCAGUUCAUUCUAGCCGAAGGUGUUAGUCAGUCUUUACAGCCUUUCAAACCAAAAGCCAGUCCCAAUUCUUCCCAAUCCUCACAAAGUGGAAAUUCCUCUUUCAAUCGAUCAGGAAUGUCUUUGCCAGCUACUGGUCCAAUCACAAAGGUAAGAGAGAAGAGCGAGCGCAGCGUUCCCAUGCGACAGCAAAGGACCGCCAACUCCGGUGGCAGCGACCUCAGUUACAGCGACGCUGACAGCAGUUUCGGAUCGAAGUCUGCUCGAUCUAGAGCCACGCCUACUCGCCUGACUCCGGGAUCCGCAGGCGGAAGAAGCAGCAGUCGGCCCUCAAGUCGACCUUCUAGCCGGCCUCCCAGCAGAGCAGCAAGCGACCUGUCUGGCGACAACGUGGACAGUUACCGGGCCCGCAAGAUGGGUGCGACGGGAGCCCGACAGCGAACGCCGAGCGCCUCCUCUCAAACGUCGGGCACCAAAAUCCCGACCAUUCGACGCACCCCAUCAUUCAGCAACUCCAGCAACAAGAAUGAACCCGUCAAGAGAGAGAGGGAGCGGUGGAGAUGAGGGAGAAUCCUGUUGUAAAUAGAAGUCUCGCAAUCCGCUAACGUCAACAUAACUAGCUUACUACUAAACGAUGCGCCAACACUAGGAAGCGACUGUUUCUGUGAUACCAGAUUUUGUUCAGUUGGAAUACUGGUAUUUCCUAUUUCUGGACAGAUUCCACUCACAUUCCAACGGAAUUCUUUCUCUUCUGUGCUUAAGCAUUGAAAGGGACUGAAAUUCAGUUUUGCUUUGAUAAAAGAUCUGAUGUAAAUGUUUCGAGUAGAAUCUGCUAGUGAAUCCCCUUCAAGAAGUGCCAAGCCUACUUGCUACAGAAUAUUGGAAUUGCGUUUCCUAUCUACGCAUCUUCCACUUCUAAACAAACUCAGUGUGAUUACAUUCUGCGAAGCAGACCUUAUUGAUUUUGAAAGUUUUAUUUUUUGAUCAUUCCUUAUAAUACUUCGUAAAGAUUUUUUUUAAUUGAGCGAUGUUUUAAUGAGUGCUAACUUGAAUAAUCAUUGAAGGACUGCAUAAUUUGGAUGCUAUAAAAAUAAACUCACUCAUUAACAUCUUUGUUUGUUUGCUUGUUUUUUGUUCAUUAAAAAAUUAGUUUUUAAAAA